AUGACAGCGGUGCCAAAUGAGGCCGGGCUGAAUAACUCGUGGCGACGCGCGGCAUCCGGCAGCGCAUUCCCGCCAGCACUACCGCCCAGGCCCCCCGCUGCUGCUGGCGCGGACGGUCACUCGGUGUCGCCGCUCAUAAGCGAAGGUGCUGAGGAAUUGGCGGUCCAGUAUCCGCUCAUCACAGCAGCGGAUUACAGCGACCGCAAGCGACUCCUUUCGCACAUCACUUUUCUGAGCGGGCAGCUGCAGCGGGCAGAGCUUUUGCUGCGGAAGACGCCACACGCCAUGGUUUCGGAUGCGGAACUGGCGCGAUUCGACCCCGCCGUGGCGCAGGCACAUAUUGAACGCCUCGACAGCGCCCUCGCGCAGGUUGGCCUGCUGCGCGAGGUGGAGACGGCGCACAGCCGUACGAUGGAUGAGGAGUUACGCGGGCUUCGCGAGGAGCGUAACCGGCUUGUGGAGCGAGUUGAUGAGCUACAGAGCCGUGCCACGUCGCUGGAGGCGGAGAAUACGCACCUGCAUAGUGCGUUGUCCAGCUCGCAGCUCGAGGUGGAGCGCCUUCGGCUGGAGGAAGCGAAGAUGAGCCACCGGCUGCAGCUGAUCGAUCAGCUGCAGGAGGACGGCGGUCGCUAUCAUGGCGUUAGCGUUGUUGUCGCACCCCCACGCCAGGAGACAGCACCGCAAGAGGGGUGUGACCAGGCGCUGAAGGAGCUGCAGAUUGAGGAGACGGUGCAGCGGCUUAACCUCCUCCUGGCUAUGUUGAUGCAGCCGAUGUGUAUCGCCUUUGAUGCUGGGGUGGUGUGGAUCACAGAGACACAGUUGCACCGCGCUAGCGUGGAAAUAAACAACGUUGUGGUGCCUGACGUGCUCAUUGAUAGCACGGAUCUCCCGGCAAUUGUGGAGGGGAACAGUCCUGUGGGGCAGCCGGGUGAUGACACCAUGCCUCCCGCCACUGUUACUGCUGAAGAUGCUGGUGGCGGUGCGUGGCGCGUGCAACAGCAGCAGAUGUGCUGUGCGUUAGAAGCCAUGAAGGAGAGGUGCCGCAUCACGGAGCAAGAGAGAGCGCGGUUGAUGCACCUGCUCCACGAGGAGCAGCGGCGCACAGAGGCGAUGGCGAAGGACCACUACGAGCAACUUGAGCAGGUGCAUAAGCAAGUGGUGCACGAGCGGCGGCAAAUCAUGGAGAGUCUUGUGACAGAAGUGGAGGAAAAGAUGCGGAACGCGUUCCGCGAUGGUCGCCUGUACGAAAAACGGCUCAUGGAUGAGAAGAAGCAUAAGCGGAAGCACCCAUCAGGCCACACGAGCACUGCGACAACGCGACAACGAGGAGCAGGCUCAUUUCGUGCUGCCUCCGCAACCUCGGAAGACCGUCAGAUUACCAGCAACAGUAAGAGAGGGCGGGGGAGGAGCACUGGCGGCAGCAGCAGCAGCAGCAUCAGCAGUGGUAGUGGCGGCGUCCCCAGAGGGAAGGGGGAACGGCAGACAGGAGCCCCGGGCCGAAACGGAAAAGGGGGAGUGGUGCCGUGA